CCGGGCCGUCCUCCGACCUCGCGCCUCCCGUCCCGCCCCCGCCUCCCUAGGCUGUACGGCAAGUUAAGGCCGGCCUGGUGGGUAACCUGCGGACGGACCCGUGAGAGGACACGGGAGAGGGAGGGCUCAGGCCGCCCUGAGCCUCGGGGUCCCCCGGCCGUCCCGAGAGACCCCUGCUGGGGGUGUGUCCAUUCGCGAUUCCACGCCCGUGGUAUUUGGGCACCAACUACAUGCCAGGCAAAAAUCAGACAAAAAUUCCCUCCUACAAAAGGCAAAAUGACCCAGAUGUGGAAUCAGAGCUUCAGAGAGGUUUAAAGCUUGCCCAGGGUCAUGCAGUCUGGACACUACAGAGCUGACAUUCUAACCCAGAGAAGAGCAAGCGGAGACCAGGCUGGGCAGAGGGCCGGGAGGCAAGCAGUGGCCUGAGAGGCCCCAAAUUUCCUGCAGGCCCCAGCCUCGUCACCAUGAAACUGAAUGAGCGCAGCCUGGCCUUCUAUGCCACCUGUGAUGCCCCGGUGGACAAUGCAGGCUUCCUGUACAAGAAGGGUGGCCGGCACACGGCCUACCACCGCCGCUGGUUUGUGCUGCGUGGCAACAUGCUCUUCUACUUUGAGGACCCAGCCAGCCGUGAGCCCGUGGGUGUCAUCAUCUUGGAGGGCUGCACCGUGGAGCUGGUGGAGGCCACUGAGGAGUUCGCCUUCGCCGUGCGCUUUGCCGGGGCCCGGGCCCGCAUCUAUGUGCUGGCUGCAGAGAACCAGGCUGCCAUGGAGGGCUGGGUGAAGGCACUGUCACGGGCCAGCUUUGACUACCUGAGGCUUGUGGUGCGUGAGCUGGAGCAGCAGCUGGCUGCCAUGCAGGCAGGGGGCUGCCCACCCCUGCCACGCCGGCCCCGUACCCUCCUACCCAAGGAGAAUGGCUGUGCCGUCUGGAGCACUGAGCCAUCCCCUGCCCCCAUGGGUACUUCUCCCGACUCCCGGCCUGGCCCCAAGCCCCCACCACUGCCACCUCGCCGGCGGGCCUCAGCGCCCAAUGGGCCUGUGGACACAGCCUCCUUCUCCCAGCUACAUGAGUGGUAUGGGCAGGAGGUCAGGGCACUAAGGAGCCAGUGGCUCAGGAGCCAGGCCCAGCCCUGAAGAGAUGUACCCAACCUGAGUAGAAGUGGUCAGGGUCAACCCUGAGGUCACCAAGAGUCCUGGCUUUAGAGGGACUCCAGAUCCAGACCCAGCCCUGAGAGACUGGGGGACCUGGUCCUGAGGGAGAUCAUGGCACACGUCAGCUCUGAGGUCCCUGCAUGGCCUGGUUUUUGGGGACUCAAGCUCCGAGGAGAUGCUUGAUUCUGGGGGGGAUGCUUUAGGACUGUGUGACUCAGAGGGGCCACGUGCUGAUUCUACGGAGAACCCAGGGCCCGGGUGAGCCUCACAGAGCCCGAGGGCUGGACCAGAUCACCCAGCUAAGGCCUGUUGCUGGCAACAGGCCCCAUCUGGGGAGACGGGGGCCUGCCGGAUCUGUGGCCUGAAAGCAAAUGCCUGGUCAGCCCUGGUCACAGCGGCUCCUGACUGGGCCUCCACGUGGAUGGGAAGCUUGGCUACAGGGCCUGACCUCCUUUGCUGGGGGGGGGGGCCCUGGCCUGGCUCCAGGCCACUGCCUGCCUCCAGAAGCAGCGGGUGUACAGGCGGAGCAGGCUCAGGCUUUCAUGUGUGGCUGGUGUCGGGAGGUCCCCGGUCCAAGUUGCUGGCUGGGAGUGGGGCCCAAGCAGGACUUUGUCCCGGGCCUCAGGCAGGCCUGGAGGUGGUGCUCCUGGCGCAGCAGUGGCCCUCCAGCUUGGGCCAUGUCUGGGCCACUGUGGCAGCUCUUACACGCUCUCCUGACACUCCGUAACCGUAUCUUCAGGCUCCUUUUCCUGGAGCCGCACUUCCGCCUGUCCUGGGGCGGGGCUGCCUUGUCCUCAAGCUGACUUUCCAGCAGGUGCCCCUGGGAGGGCCAUGAGCUGACUCACUGCCCAGAAGGAGUCCAGGUGCUGAGUAGGUGGUGGCAAAGAGGCAGCCGUGAAGCCAGGCUUGGCUUCUGGAACCCCCUCCUUCCAUCACAGCCCUGGCCCUGCCCCGCCCCAGUAUUCUGAUGGGGACACCAGAUCUCACUUGGCUUUGAGGCCAACUGCAGUUUUACCGUUCUCAUUCACCACAGUGGCUGUUCUUCCUCCAGGGAGGGUCUUGGGGGGCUGGCACACCCCUGGCCCUCAACCUGGGUCAUGUUUACAGUUAGUUCUCAGUGGCCCACAUCAGGGACCCCAUGAGGACAUGUAUUUAUUUCCCCAGUGGGUCCGUCUUGGUGACAGACAGACUUGGCUCCAGGGUCCCUUCCUGCUGUCUUUGGAGACCUUGGGGCUUGAGGAAGAAUAGAAAGCUGUGUGUCUGCAGUCACCAGCUCCAUGCUGGCUCAGUCGCCUGGGGCCACAGUCUUAGUUUUUAAUACUUAGUGUGGCUUUUCCUAGCAACAAAGCAUGGUGUUUUCACUGCUUUUGUUUCUUUUUGGCUGGUAGGAAGGGACAGGGUGCCCUGGCUCCAGGCUUGGCCUGGGUGUCGGGUGGCAGAGGGAGGGGACGGUUGGCACUGUCCCCAGGGAGCGGGCCAGGAGCCUUGCCUGGAGGCAGAGCCACCUCAGUGGUGUCACCUGUUCUUUACCUUCUCCCCAGCAAGUUCUAUGCUCUGGCGGGCGCCUCUGCGGCCUCGGUACGGUUCCCAACUCCCUCUCUCCCGAGUCUAAGUGGUGGGUAGGGAUGGUGGCUUUUGUCUAUAGGCUUUGGGUCUCCAGGGUGUUAGGAGGUGCCCGGAGCCCAUAUCCUGGCCAGACACAGCUGGCGGCGUGGAGUCCUGGCCCCAGUCCUGGCGUAGUCUACAAGCUCUAAAGGUACAGUGCCCUGCAACUCCCCACAUCCCCAAAAGCACAAGAUGGGGUCGGGCUGCCUCCAGAUGGGCAGUGGGAGAGAAUCAGGCAGCCUGGGAGGGGGAUGUAAAGGCUAAAAUAAAGUUUGUCAAGUAA